AUGGCCGGUUACGAGGUUACCAGGCGCGGCUUGAGCGAUGCUCCACCGGCCGGUCAAGACGUGCUCUCUCUUCUCGACAUUGAGGAGGCCUUUUUCCAUGACGUCGAGGAGGCGCGCUUCUUAGCCUUUAGGGCUUUUCUUCUUCAACUGCAGCGAACUGGCGGUGGCAUGCUCUGGGCAACUCACCUCGUCGAUAUCGGUUGUCGUGAUCCUAGAUACGCCCAGGUGCUCGGCCUCGCAAGAAGCGUCCGCACAGAGCAAUCAAUCGACUUGGCCACGUGCCAGGUCGACGAAUUUGACAAUGCCGAAUCCAUUCAACGUCUCCUACAGGUGCUAACCAAGUUCCGGUCGCGUCAAGGCGACGACGAAGUUGAUCCAGACUUUGAAUGGGCCAUCUUCAACGGCCGCAUCCAGGUCGCCCGCUUUCACCCCUUUUCCUUAAGCGAUGAGCUGUCGUGCCAAGGGGAAUCCAACGAGAUGAGCACACUAAAUGUCUUGACCCCUGGGCGCAUCAGUAGUCUGUACUAUGCGCGGCACGAACGCAAAGAACUUGAAAGCAAUGAAGUCGAAGUCGAGGUCUACUCGGCCGGAUUGAACUUUAGGGACAUUCUCGUUGCGCUGGGCAUAGUUGAGCUUCCGGUCCGUCUGUUCGGAAUCGAAGCCGCCGGCACCGUAACCCGGGUGGGAGCCGGCGUCUGCCCAGAUGACCUUCGAGUGGGCGAUCGGGUGGUUUGCUUCUGCAGAAAAGACGCCUUUUCGACCUUUACGACUACUUUGGCAGAUGUAUGCAUGCGAAUCCCAGACACGCUCACGUUUGACCAGGCUGCAACGAUGCUCAUUCCAUAUUUUACUGCCAUUCAUGCCAUGGUCAACGUCGGGCGUGUGACAAAGGGUCAGAGUGUUCUGGUUCAUAGCGCCUGCGGAGGCGUCGGUCUCGCUGCCAUCCAAAUCGCUCGGAUGCUCGAGACGGACUUGUUCGUCACCGUUGGCAGCGAGGACAAGGUCGCGUAUCUGAUGGAGACGUACGACAUGCCAAGAAAUCGCAUCUUCAAUUCUCGCGAUGCUUCAUUCGUCGACGGCGUCAUGCACGAAACAAACGGCCGCGGCAUCGACUUCAUCCUCAAUUCGCUUUCGGGCGAGCUCUUGCACGCCACCUGGGGCUGCGUCGCCGAAUUCGGGACAAUACUUGAGAUUGGCAAACGCGACCUGAUGGGCAACGGCAAGCUUGACAUGAAGCCGUUUUUGGCGAAUCGUAGCUACUGCUGUAUCGACAUUGACGGGCUCUGGAAAAGGAUUCACAUUGCCCGAGCCUUGAUAUUCUCCAUCCUUGAGUUCUAUCAAAGGGGCUCCAUCUCCCCGUUGCCCGUCAAGGUUUUCCCUGCCGCUCAAACCCAGGACGCCUUUCGAUUCAUGGAGAAGGGCCAGCACAUCGGGCGUGUCGGAAUUUCCAUCAAGCCAUCCGGAGACGCCGAUGCGGGUUUCGACACGGGCAAGAUGGCUCGCAAGAUUUCCUUUAGCGAGUCUGCCGCGUAUCUCAUGGUCGGCGGUCUUGGUGGUAUAGGCCGUGCCGUAUCCGUCUGGAUGGUUGAGCACGGCGCUCGAGAGAUUGUGCACAUGUCCCGGAGCGCUGGUCUUGACGGAAGCGCCGACUCUUUUGUCCACGAGCUCCAGAGCAUGGGCUGCGCUGUCAAGCUCGUCAGCGGCGAUGUCACCAAGCUUGCAGAUGUCGAGAGAGCCAUGGCUGCGGCAGACUCUCCCCUCAAAGGCAUUGUCCAGAUGUCAAUGGUAGUCGCCAACGAGAACUUUGCAAGAAUGAGCUACGACGAAUGGACGGCAUCUACAGCCCCCAAGGUUCGAGGGACAUGGAAUCUCCACAACGCCUCUUUGUCUGCCAAGACCGAUCUCGACUUUUUCACCAUGUUCAGCUCCGUGUCCGGCAUUGUUGGGCAAGCGGGUCAAGCCAACUAUGCCAGCGGGAACAGUUUUCUCGAUGCUUUCGCCCAGUACCGCAAUGACCUGGGCCUCCCAGCCUCUGGUGUCACAGGUCCCGGGGCCGGCUGA